AAGGGGGGGGGGCCGGGCGCCGCCGUGCCGGGGGGAGGGGCACCGCCCCCCCCAUUCGCGCGGCCGGGCACCGCGCCCGGCCCAUGCCCGCCGCUGCGGGCGCCGCCGAUGCACGGCCGACGCCGGGCAGCGGCUCCCCGGUGUGCCCAGAGGUUGACCAGGGCGGUGAUGGGACUUCAAGUUCAUGGAGCACCGCGAUCCUCAAGAACAUGAAGAUCAGGCCCGAGCGCAGCAGCGACAUCAUGAUCAGGCCCGAGUACAGCAGCAGCUGCCAGCCCUGCACGCCGCCAACAUGGGCGGGCGACACCUCCGACCUCGUCUCCUCCGUCGACGACUCCUCGCUGCGGACGCUGGAGAACGCGCGCCCGCCACAGGCCCGUGGCGACGCGGGCCUGGACAUCGACUCCGACGGCGACGCAGCUCCCAGCAAGGGCGACGCCAGCGAGCAUGCCGCGCGAUACGAGGACGCGAGGCCGUGCUACGACCUCUGGCUGCACGACGCCGGGCUCUGCAGGCCCUGCAGCACCAUCUUCAAGAAGGCGGGCUGCGUCCGCGGCGACUGUUGCGAGUUCUGCCACUUCCCGCACAUGGUUCUGAAGAGAGCACGGCCCUCCAAGGUCCGGCGCCGCGUGAGCAGCAGGCUCACGCCAGCGCUCGCUGCGGGCGAGGGGCGGCCGCCGGAGGAGGAGGCGAUGAUGCUGGGCGGUGUGGGCUGCGACGUUGACCAGGAGGAGCCGGAGGAGAUGCACUUCGGAGGAGGCGGAGGAGCUGCGAGGGCGACGGGAGCGAGGGGCAGCCUUCCGACGCCGCAAGUCUUGCACUGCGCGCGGGACCCGGCGCCCCCCCCCGGCUCUCGGCACCGAUCCUGGAGACAGCGCUCCGCACCGCCGUCCGGCGGCCCCGAGGCCGGGCAGCAGGGUCCCUUGCGAUCCGGGAGAUCCGAGUCCUUCGGCCGUCCCGAUCCGCUCUGAUGCGCUCCGGCUCCGGUCGUCCAGCGGCCCGACGUGGACCGAUGUCAGCACCGCGUCGUUGUGCAGCCCGGCGCGGCCGAUCUGUGCGGCUCCGGCACCGUGUGGGUGCGGCCCGGUGCGACGCAGGCUCCGGUCCGAGCCGGCUUCCCGGUUCGAUGCUGACGGAUCCUGGAGGGCGGUUCCCAGAUGGCGAACGUGAG